GCUAAGUCUUUGCCUCAGAAAAAGGCUAAGCUUGUAGCACCUAGGGAUGAAGUUUUGCUUAAGGAUGCUGAGAAGGAAAUGUCUCCUGUCAAUGAAAGGCAGAGUAGUGAUGAGAGGAACUGGAAGCAUUUUAGGAAACCUCAUGUUGGGCCACUGAAGAUUCAUGCAGUCUUUGAUGAUGCUAGUUCCUCGAAUCACGUUUCUUCAUCUAGCUCAAGUGAAGGAGAAAGUGAAGAUCAUGACACCGUCGCUGGAUUGAUAGCAGAAACCGGCCCAAGUCAUUGCAAAGAAGUUCCGAUCCAUGAAAUAUCCAAGUCUUCUCAUGCGAAACCGGCUGUAUCUGUAUUCCAUGCAGAAGACUACUUCUUUACUUUGUAUAAGCAGUUCAUCAUUAAUACUUGGAGUGGCAUUCCACAAAAGUUAGGAUGGG